AGAAUGCAGGUUAGCGGAAGUAUAACGCGUUAGUGUUGUAACGAGUUUCAUUGGCGACACAAACGCUCCAGACUGCUUGAGUUACUCGCCUUAUCUUUGCGCACUCUCAGGCGUCAGCGAAGUCUUGGUGCCUUUUAGAAGUCUUGUCGUCAAUCUGCGCUUGUUGACAAGAUGGUGGCGAUCGAGGAAAUUGAGGACACAAAUUGCGAGGAGACUAGCUCCGCGCCCGUAAUCGGUUCCAACGGCACGAGCGCCGCUCGUGGGAAUGCCGGACCCGUCGGAUCACGAUCGGAAAGUGCUGGUGGAGCGAAGAUUGGCGGAGAACCGUCGGAUCUAGCUAGCGAUGGACGACGAUCCUCGGCUGCAGAUUUUGAGGCGACUCAAAACGGCGCUGCUGGGAGCGGGUCUGGGCUGGGAGGGGAGAAGGAGCGGGGAGGGGAGAAGGAGCGCGGAGGGGAGAAGGAGCGCGGAGGGGAGACCGAGAGGGGAGAGACUGCGGAACAGGGUGGAUUCAAAGACGCCCUUAGCGACACGGCGGAGGGGACUGGCGGAGAAGGGGAAGUCGCGAGAGGGGAGGGGGAAGUGAGGGGGGGUGAAGAGGGGGAAGAGGUGUUUGAAGAUGCGCUGACAGAGGAAGAGCUCCGCAAGAAAGCCCUUUUGGAAGCAGAGGUCAUCAAGGCACGGGGGAACGAGGAGUACAAGCGGGGUGACUAUAACGCAGCUCUGGAGAGCUACAGUAACGCGCUGGCAGCAGCGCCAGGGGUCGAGCACGAGGAGGCAAAGGAGGCUCGAGCGAUCUAUCAUGCCAACAGAGCCAUGUGCCACCUGCAGCUGAAGGAUUACGACGCAUGUGUGAAGGAGAGCACAUCAGCCAUGGAUCUGAAGCCGGACUAUCUCAAGGCGAUCAUGCGGCGGGCCCAGGCGUGGGAGAAGCUGGACAAGCUCGAAGAAGCACUGGGAGAUUUGAAGAAGGUGCUUGAGUUGGACAGCACCAAUGCUCAAGCCAGAUCUGCUGCUAGACGACUGGAGCCUAUUGUGGAGGAAAGGAGGGAAAAGCUCAAAGAGGAGAUGCUAGGCAAGUUGAAGGACCUUGGGAACUCCGUUCUGGGGCACUUUGGAAUGAGCAUUGACAAUUUCAAGGCGGUGAAGGAUCCAAACACUGGCUCCUACUCCAUUUCGUACCAGAGCUAGAACGUCUUCAAUAGUGUAGCUAUUACCAUAUAUUAUAUCCUUUCAAACAAAAGCCACUGUACCCGAUAAUGGAUGGGAGGGAAUACGUGACGUGUAAUUGAUUCCAAC